UUUUGAUUGUUUGUCAUUUCUUUAAGGCUUGAGCAAAAACCCCAGCAUAAACCCUGAAGUAACCAACCACUCAACCUCACCUUGAUGACCCAAAAUGAGCAGAAGACACUUCAGCUCUCUACUCUUCAACUCCAUCUCUUCUUCUCCCCUUUUCUCCAAAAACCCAUCCCAAUCCUUCGUUUCUUCACUCAAAUCAUACCCCCAAAAUCUCAAUCUCUGCCGCCAAUGUCUCUUCUCCAGAUUCCUCUGCACCUCUCCGCCGGACAAUCUCGACGGCCUCCUCGAUCCCCAGGACUUCUCUACGCCGGAGACCCACUCUCUUUCCGCACAAGACUUCGCCUUUCUGCGCGACUCGCCGAAACUUGACCCCGAUAAGUGUUCUAACGACGCCGUUUUGAUUUCUAAUGCCAUUAGGAAUAGUUCCGAUUCAUUUGGGGAUGAAACCCACAAGUUUCUUAGGAGGUUUAGGGAUAAUCUGAAUGAAACUUUGGUGGUGCAGGUGUUGAGUCUUGUAAAGAGUCCUGAGUUGGGUGUCAAGUUUUUCAUAUGGGCGGGUAGGCAAAUUGGGUAUAGUCAUACUGCUUCCGUAUAUAAUGCAUUGUUGGAGUUACUGGAGUGUGGUAGUAGUAGUGACAGAGUACCGGAACAUUUCUUGCGAGAAAUUAAGGGUGAGGAUAGAGAAAUGCUUAGGAAGUUGCUUAAUGUGUUGAUUCGCAAGUGCUGCCGAAAUGGGUUGUGGAAUGUAGCUUUGGAAGAGCUUGGGAGGCUUAAGGAUUUCGGGUACAGGCCGAGUCAAGCAACUUACAAUGCUUUGGUUCAGGUGUUUUUGAGAGCUGAUAGGCUGGACACGGCGCACUUGGUUCAUGGGGAGAUGUUGGAGUUGGGGUUUAAGAUGGAUGAGUAUACAUUAGGUUGUUUCGGUCAUGCCCUGUGUAAAGCUGGGAGGUGGAAGGAGGGACUUGCAUUGAUUGAGAAGGAAGAGUUUGUGCCCAAUACUGUGCUUUAUACCAAGAUGAUAUCUGGGUUGUGUGAGGCUUCACUUUUUGAGGAAGCUAUGGAUUUUUUGAACAGAAUGCGCUGUAAUUCUUGCAUUCCUAAUGUUGUAACCUUUAGGAUUUUGCUUUGUGGAUGUUUGAAGAAAAAACAGCUUGGCAGGUGCAAGAGAAUUCUUAGUAUGAUGAUCACGGAAGGUUGUUAUCCUAGCCCUGGGAUAUUUAAUUCUCUUGUUCAUGCUUAUUGCAGAUCAGGAGAUUACUCUUAUGCUUAUAAGUUGCUAAAGAAAAUGGUCAGAUGUGGGUGCCAGCCAGGCUAUGUGGUUUACAAUAUCUUGAUUGGUGGUGUCUGUGGAAACGAAGAAUUACCUACCUUAGAUUUGUUAGACAUGGCUGAAAAAGCUUAUGGUGAGAUGCUUACUGCAGGGGUUGUUUUAAAUAAGGUAAAUGUAAGCAAUUUUGUGCGAUGUCUUUGUGGCCAUGGGAAAUUUGACAAAGCCUACAAGGUCAUCAAUGAAAUGAUGAGCAAGGGUUUUGUUCCCGACACUAGUACAUACUCUAAAGUUAUUGGCUUUUUGUGCAAUGCCUCCAAGGUAGAACAAGCAUUUUUGUUGUUUGAAGAAAUGAAAAAAAAUGGUGUUGUUCCUGAUGUCUACACCUAUACUAUCUUAAUUGAUAGUUUUUCUAAGGCUGGCCUUAUUGAACAGGCUCGGAACUGGUUUAAUGAAAUGGUAGGAAAUGGUUGUGCACCAAACGUGGUAACUUAUACUGCUCUUAUACAUGCAUACCUUAAAGCAAGGAAGGUGCCAGAUGCAAAUCAACUCUUUGAGAUGAUGUUGACUCAAGGUUGCAUUCCUAAUGCUGUUACUUACAGUGCUUUGAUCGAUGGCCAUUGUAAAGCUGGAGAGACUGAAAAGGCUUGCCUGAUUUAUGAAAGAAUGAGAGGUAAUGUGGAAGUCCCUGAUGUUGAUAUGUAUUUCAAAAUUGAUGAUCAGAGUUUGAAAGAACCUAAUGUUCAUACUUAUGGAGCUUUGGUGGAUGGUUUAUGUAAAGCCAACAAGGUCAGAGAGGCCGGUGACUUAUUGGAUGCUAUGUUGGUAGAAGGUUGUGAACCUAACCACAUUGUUUAUGAUGCUCUUAUAGAUGGAUUUUGCAAGUCUGGGAAGCUCGAUGAAGCACAAAAGGUGUUUGCUAAAAUGUCAGAGCAUGGGUAUAGUCCAAAUGUGUAUACGUACAGCUCUUUGAUUGACAGGUUGUUCAAGGAUAAAAGACUGGAUCUUGUUUUAAAAGUUCUGUCUAAAAUGUUAGAGAACUCUUGUUCACCAAAUGUUGUUAUCUAUACAGAGAUGGUCGAUGGCCUUUGUAAGGUUGGAAAGACAGAUGAAGCUUAUAAGCUUAUGCUAAUGAUGGAAGAAAAAGGAUGUAAUCCAAACGUUGUGACUUACACUGCGAUGAUAGAUGGCCUUGGGAAAGCAGGCAAAAUUGACAAAUGUCUUGAGCUCUUUAAAGCAAUGAGCUCCAAGGGUUGUGCUCCCAAUUUUAUCACCUACAAGGUUUUGAUAAACCAUUGCUGUGCAAUUGGUCUUUUGGAUGAAGCUCAUAAACUUUUGGAUGAAAUGAAACAAACAUAUUGGCCAAAGCAUUUGGCAGGCUACCGUAAAGUUAUUGAAGGUUACAACCGAGAAUUCAUAGCCUCACUUGGGCUUUUAAAUGAGAUAAGUGAGUGCGACUCAUUGCCAAUCGUUCACAUAUACAGAGUUUUGGUUGAUAAUUUUGUAAAGGCUGGAAGACUGGAAGUGGCUCUGGAGCUGCAUGAAGAGAUUUCUUCAUCUACCCCUUUUACAUCUGUGAGCAAGGAUAUGUAUACUUUACUGAUUGAGAACCUAUCACAUGCAAAUAAGGCUGAUAAGGCACUGCAGUUGUUUGCAGAAAUGAUAAGGCUGGGUGGUUAUCCAGAGCUGAGUACAUUUUUCCACCUCAUCAAAGGGCUUAUUAAAAUUAAUAGGUGGGAUGAAGCUCUUCAACUAUCAGAUAGCAUAUGCCAGAUGGAUAUUCAAUGGGCUUCUGCAUGAAGAGACAUAUGACAGGAAGUAGUUUGUUUUCUACCCAAUGAUUGCUGUUCACUCGUUCACAGUCUGAUGACUCACCGCACAAUCUGAUGACUCACUGGACAAAACAUGGGCCCAAGGCUUAUGGCAGAUUGUGCUGAAUGGGCAUACGAAGGUCACUGCUGCUAGAAUUCGUUUACUGCUCCAAUACCGUUUUCACCUUGAUCAUCACAAGGUUAGGAACUCAGCAUACUUAUUUUGAUGCCUCUGGACAGUAGCAUUCACAUGUACUACUGUGUGAUGGCUAUUUGCUGAUAAACUUACUAUGCUCUUCAUUAUGAUAAGUAUUGAUAUUGUCUAGCUCUGCCAGUAUGCUGCUGAUGUUCCUCAUCAAGUGCAAAGUUGGUUGGUGUUGAUUCUAGGGAAGUUGUUGCUCUUUAGUUAAUCAUGUCUAGGUAGUGGUCUUUCCAAACUAUGUUUUGUUGAUAGAUGGGACAUGCAUGCAAACAACAUGCACAUACAUUUGUGUCAUUCCUUAGAGAACUCUUUAUACUCCUUUUGGCAAUGGGGGCUUAGGUUAUGUGCAAAUUUCUCACUUCUCUGAAGGGUGAGGUAGCAGCAAUUGCUUCCGUGUUUGCGUGGGAUUCUAGUCGGUUUUUCUCAAUUUUUGUUUUUUCAAUUGUGAACUUAUAUAGUAUAAGGUUGAAACUGAAUUAAAAAUUACAUGGAGGCAAGUACUUGUGGUUGAAGAAGUGUAUGCAUCUAACAUAAAUAUGAUUCAAGUCAUACUCGCUCAUCAUUCAACUAAUUGAAUCUUCACCAAUUCAGUUUUAUCAUUUAAAUAAGUUAUCUUAUCUGGUUAUAUUUUGUAUUUGGAAGGUGAAAGAACAUUUGGGUAGAAGAAUGGAUGAGAUCCUGAAAAUUGAUUGAGAGGUUCUUUGAGUUUUCAUGGGAAUGUGGUCUUUAAAUUCUUAGAUUUUUACGUUCCUCGGAUUAUGGUUAAUUUUGUUGUCCAUUUUACCACUGUAGAACAAAUUCCCAUGAUUUCACUCAGAUAUCAGUUUAAUGGUGGGAGUCGGAGUCCUUGAGCGUAGCAUGCAAAAACGGGACAUGGGAAGACACAAUCAUCCAGAAUCUAUUUAGCAGCAGGUCCAGCCCACGAGAGAACUAGAACAAUCGAGGAAUCCAUCUGCUUGGUCCAAUGUUGAAGGUGUUAUCAUCCUCUAGGGCAUGCGACCAACAGGGUUAAUUCCAUCUUCCAGAAAUGCGAAACCAAAAGAAGACAGGAAGAAAGAGUGGGAUAGUUUUAGACAGGAUUAGGAAUCAACAUGGCAAGCUCUACCAGAAUGUACAGUAUCUUUUGAUUACAUUGAUUGGAUCCAUUCAGUACACGCCUCAUGCAUACAACUCCUUCCAAGCGAGAGUUUAGGUGAAACUGUGGGAAGGGUGAAUUGGUGUGAUGUACUAAUGAGAAUGUCAUGGAGCAAGGGAUAGGUUUCAUGGAAUAUCAUGUCAACAACCAUAUGGUGCAUGCAGUCAGCUUAGGUUGUAUUUUGCAACUUGAAGACCGUGCAGAUUUGUAUUGAAAUGAGUUGGGAGUUGACUUGUAUUUUGCACCAUUCAGUUGAGCACUUUCAUGAUGUCGUAGUUGCAGGAUUUUUCAACUUGUUGUCUAGUAGUUCAAGCCUUCAAGGCACAUUGAAGCUGCUGCAAGUUUUAACUGCAGUGUUGUAGUGAAUUUGGAAGGGUUCUC